AUGACAUCUCAACGUCGUAAAGAAUUUACGAUUGAGGAGAAAGGUACAAUAAUAUGCAGAUUAGAAAAUGGAGAAUCCAACUCAUCUCUCGCGAGGGAAUUUGGGGAUGGUCAUUCGACGAUGUCAAUGAUUUUCAAAAACAAUAACCAGAUUAAGGAAUCGUUCAAUUCAAACGUUUUGAAACCGAAGAGGCUUCGAAAAUCGCGAUAG